UUUGCUUUAAACUGUAGGGUGCGGGAUUUGUUGCGCUCUGGUGUCAUGAAGGAGUCGGAGAAACCUUGCUGGUAUGAUGUUUACGCUGCUUUCCCUCCAAAUCGUGAGCCAGUCUAUGAGAAACCGAAGGAGAAAUUUGGUAAAGUGCAGGACGCGGUCCAGGAGAUUUUCUACCAGGAGGACAUGAUUCGAGCGAAAUUCUAUGAGGUGUAUGGGAAUGGCCCAAGACCUUUUGACCUCACACGAUCCAAUUUUGUUUCCAGUUGCCAAAGAUUUGUGGAAAAGUACCAGGAGCUGGAGGCACAAGGUGAAGUGGAUGAAGAGAAGUUGUUUGAGGCCACUAGCCGGGCACUCCUAGUGGAUGGAAUUGUGUUGCGAAGGAGAGGCAGAGCAGGAAUUUCAAAAUUUGUGAGUGACGAUCCCCAGGAUGCCAAGACACGAAACCCGGUGUUGGACAUGAAGCUGCAGGACCUGUUGAAAGGGAUGCAGGAGGAGCAGCAACAGCAAGCUCAGGAGAAGAGGCAGCUCCAGUCACAAGAAGAGACACCGUCGCAAUGACAGACGCCUGCUCUCAAGAUGAUCACAAACUGUUUUGUGCAAGUGGAAAUGAACAACAGCACCCCCCCCCCCCCCCCCGCCCACUAAAUCCAGGGAUUGCCCCUGAAGUGUUAAUGCAUCCUAUGAGAAAUUAUUCCCGAGCGUUGCAGUCUGUUUAAAUUGGAAAAUCUGACUAUCGAUGUUUAUUACAAAUCAGUCUGUUGAAGAGCAUCGGGUCCAGCUCCUUCAUUAAAUUGUGAGCUAGUUAAAUAUAACCUGUUAUUCAGAUUAAAAAGAAAUCCCAGUUCUAUGUAAAAAUUGAUUGGAGUGUUAUUGACAGUUUAUUUUUCCAAAUAAUUUAUUUAAGGAAAAUGAGCCUAGGUAGCCAUGUGCUCAAAGAGUAGCUUCAGUGUUAAUGAAACAUUUUGACAUGGGCUAAAGUCGCAGUCGUAACGUCCUCUUUCACUCCCCCAAACCCACUGUCAGAAAUACAACUGCAUGUUUGUACAACAAGUUAUAAAUAUAUUUUUUUGGAAUUAA